AUGGCUGGUCGUGAGCUAAUUGUCGGUCCAGAGACGCCAGAGAAACCCUACCCUAUACUGGCCGAAGGCGAGGUCGUCCGCGGGUUUGGUCGCGGUGGCAAGCAGCUCGGAAUUCCCACCGCCAACCUCCCCGAGUCUGUCGUCGAGUCGGCGCUGUCUGAGAUCCCCAUUGGCGUGUACUAUGGCUGGGCAAAGGUCGCCGGCGACUCGGUGCGGCCGAUGGUGAUGAGCCUGGGCUGGAAUCCGUACUUUAAGAACGAGAAGCGGUCGGGCGAGGUUCACAUCAUGCACAAGUAUGACGAGGACUUUUACGGAUCUCAUCUGAAGAUUGCCAUUCUGGCUUACAUCAGGCCGGAGAAGGACUACGACAGCCUCGACAAGCUCAUUGAAGACAUUCAUGCCGAUAUCCGUGCUGCUGAGCAUUCGCUAAAGCGCGAGGCGCACGAGCGGGUUAGACAUGAUGCGUUCUUCGACUAG